AUGUCCACCAAAAGUGGCGAUGGCGUUUGGUCUGUGUUGCUCUGCGACCGAAAAGUGGUGUUUCCGUGGCAUUUUCUAUGGGAAACAAGAUCGUUAGUAUCGCUUUUGAGAUUCGUAACGAGUGGAAACGCGCGAGCACGACAGCUACGUGGCACGAGGUUAGAAAGAGGAAGUGUGAAAACGCAGGACGAAGAUAGAGAGAUGUCAGAAACGGAGAAGAAGGAGAGUGGCACGAUGGAGGACCAGAACACGUCCUCCGGAAACUUAGAGAAACGCGUUGUCUCUAUGUCGAACAGUUUAAAUGAAAGUCAAGACUUUCAUUUAAUAGAUACAAGCGACGACGAGUCGCAGCAAAAUUUGGAGAGUGAAAGGAACAAAGAAGUGUCGCAUUCUGUGUCUGGUGACAACGUGGAUAUCAGUUUGAAUGAAAUGAGAAUAACAGUCGAGCAGACAACGAUGCCCGAGGUACUGGAUGACGAUGAUGUAAAGGUGGAAGAUACGCAAGACAUUGAGCUUUCGAAAAGAAAAGAGGAUGAGGAAGAACAAAAAACUGUGAAUGAAAGUAACAUCCUGCAGAACAAAGAGAAGUAUGAGGACGAGGAAAUCAUACAGUGCACACCACCUGCAACUUCUUCACCAUGCAAGAAGCAAAUCGCUGCGAAUGUAGUGACCAGUCUGAAACGCAAGGGAGAAUCGUUUGAUGAGCCACCUGUGAAAAUUUUAAAGACGGCAUCCAAGGAGGAUAUAUCAACAUCUGAGAAGAGAGUGCAGGAAGAAGAAGAAAGUUGCCACUCGUUUAAGUCUGACGAUUCUCAUCAUGAAUUUCCGAAAAGUUACUCGAAUGCGAGUGUUAUAAUUGCAGAGACCCAGGAUGACGCGAAAGACAUGGGAGAAUUACCGACAACGUAUAAAGAGAGAGCUAGAGAUGAGAAGAACGCCGAGUUAGAAAUGAAAGAUUAUGAAAUAGACAAGAACAAAAAUUUUAAUGACACAUCGAAAUUAUAUCAAGCUAUUACGAAGAGAGACUUCAAUGAUGAUAUAUCAGAGUUGAAGGAUACGUCAGAGUCCAGCGAGAAUAAGACACCGCAAGUUCAAACAGUAGAAAAAGAAUGUACAUCUUCCUUAAAAGCUGUUGCAGUCGAGAAACUGAAGUCUGAUCUGGGUAAUAAAAACACGGACGGCAUUGAAGCGAAAGACAAUAAAGUAGUAUACAGCAAGAAAACAGAGGACAAAGAAAAUGGCAUUGAUCCCGCAAGAAAUACUACUUUGCAACAAAAUCGUAGCAAUAUUCAAGAAACACCGUUUUCUAAAGAAUCGAGCGACUCUCACUCCAACGUGUGUACCAGCAACAUAUCUAAAUCAAGAAAGAGUGUAGAACUUCUGUACGAUCAAAAAAGUACUAUUCACGAAGUCAAGCCAAAAUCUACAGAAUUAGUAGAAAUUGACGAAGAUGGUGAAAAGAUAGUGUUAGAUUCAUCUCAAGAAGAGUCAGAAGGCAAAAAGGAAACCAAGAGUGGCCCGGAUAACACCAAAUCUGACACAAUAUAUAAAAGUUGCUUCGAAACUAAAAGUAGCAGUGAAUUUAGUUAUAAAUCAAUAGAGAAUACCAAAGAAUCAUCUGUUGAUAUGGUUAAAUCCAGCAAUAAAUUGGUAAAUGGGAAUAGUGAAUUAAAGAAAUGCGACACCGACAGCACUAAUAGUAUACAGUCAGACACGUUUAACGAUAUGCCAGUUCUGGACAAAGCAGAGAGCACAACUAUACAUAACACGAACAAACAAAUGAAAUCAAUCUCUGCGUCUAAAGACAACGAUCACGCCGAUUUGUUAAGUGUAAGUGACAACGAACCUGAUGUUUUUAUUGUAGAUGACAAAAGUAAAUCAAACUCGACUCACAGUAGUUCUAUCACGAAAGCCUUACAAAUGGAGAAAGAAAUCGGUAUAUAUGUCAGAAUGAAAUGUUUGCUGCACAUUGAUGAGGGUACAAAGGAGUAUCUGAGCAAAGAGAUUACAAAUGUGCAAUGUGAAGCUGUCGCUGCAGAGCCCACUCUAAGACAGAAAAAUGACACAUCUGCUUCCUUGGCAGAUAUUUCUGGUAAUGACAAUAAGGAAACGUCCCCUGGCUCAGUAAAUAGUAAUCCGCAAUUGUAUCAAUUGAAUCCUUCCAGACUUUCAUUUGCCUCAACCAUCAGCUCUUUGAGUUCCGUGUCCAGUGCCGCUUCAUUGGCAGCCAAGCUUGCAAUAAGAGACAAUACACACUUCUCUUUGCCGAGAGCACCGGCGAAACAUGCAAAGAGACUGGCGCAAGACAUUCACUCGCUGAACGAGAAACAAGCAAUCGACGAGGCGUAUGAACGUUUGAACAAAGAGUGGCAGAACAGUCAUCUUCUUACAACGACUAUAUUAAAUUUUGCAAACGUAGAACUCGCUGGUAUUGAAUCGCACAACAUCAGCAACGAGAGGAUAGACGACCAGCUGCAGAAGAUCCGGUGUUCCACGCCGGAAGUACCGCAAGAGGUGGUCCAGGUGCAGACCCCUAAAAGCACGAAGAAGGGCAAAGCGGUGAAGAGGCCGAAGAACAAAACGACCAAGUUGGAUGACCAGUCGAACGGAGUGAACAAAGUCCCGAAGACGUCGAGUCUGGCGGAGAACAGUAGCACGCCAAACAAGCAGAAGAAUAAAACGGAACAUACGGACAACGUACCGAGCACCGUGAACGUUUCGACAAAGCCCCACAUGAUAGCAGACGAGUUAAUCGGCAAGGACGUGUUUGCGAAAUGGUCUGACAAUAACUAUUACCCCGGUACGGUCAUUGACAAGAUAAAGAUGAAGUACAAGGUAAACUUCUACGACGGGAAGAACAAGAUACUUAUAGAAGAUUUUGUUAUACCGAUACCGAAAGUUUUGAGGGAGGGCCUGUCCGUGUAUGCCGCUACCAAGAACUACGACUACGGAUCCUGCGGCAUAAUCGUUCACGCUGAAACGGUAGGUAACGAGGUGUAUUACACGGUUGAGACGGACGAAGGAGAGAAACUGCGAGUACAGAUCAAAGACCUCUCGUUGUCGGUCGAUCAAGCUCGAAUACUGAAGGAGGAGAUCGAUCUGGAGAACAAGAGUCUCCCGUCUACGCCGAAGCACCUGGGCCAAGUAACGUUAGACAACAUGGUCGAUGGAAAACGGCGUUCCAAACGUAUUUCCACGCCCAGUUUCUCUAAUCCUAAAUCUAAACUAAUUCAGACAUUCGCAAACAGACUGGAGGUAGAGCCGUCGGUCUCAGGUGUAACCUCAACGAUUAAGAAAGAGAGGAAGGUGUUCACCGAAAGCGAUGGUGUUUCCAGCGACUCGAACGUCUCUGUGAAGGUUGAUCCUGAGUUCUCCAUUGGCAUACAACCGGAAAUAAUUGGCACCCCGUACGAGCAGGUCGUGAAGGGGCCGCAGAGUCGAAUCAAGAGCAAAUCGAGAAGUAAAAAGAAAGUGGACGACGAGGAGACAAUUGCGACGUUUGGCCCGAUUCCGCAUACGGACUCGAAUCUCUUUAAAGGCAUGUCUUUCCUUCUUACUUGCGUACCGUUGGAGAGCAUCGAUCGGUUUCAAGACGACAAAGACGACAAAUCCUCGGAUCCAGGAACGUCGGAGGACGAGGUAGAAUGGUCGAAGAAGCCCUUUAUAAGGGAUAGACUAACCAAACAGAUAGUGGCAGGUGGUGGGAAAGUCUAUGCAGACUUCAACGAAAUCCCUCAAGACGAGUACAAAAACACGAAACUAAUAACGAACGUGCCAAACACAACUGCAAAGGCCCUCUUGUGUCUUUCGGUCGGUAUACCUGUUUACAACCACAACUGGAUAAUCAGAUGCUGUCAGGAGGGCAAGCUGGUAAAUCCAGCUGAAAAUGGAUUACCAGCCGGAUGGAGUUUGGAAAAGAAUGCGUAUAUUGAAAUGUUCCAAAGACCCAGCAACAAACCACUCACUCAGGUUGUUGUAAUAAUUCCAGUUGUAGAGUCUGAAAAACAAUUUGCUGCGUUUUGGCGUCAAGUCUGUGAAAACGCAGGUGCUGUUGUCAUAUUAGCAGAUAAACCAGAUGCAGUGGAAAGUUUCGAACAGGGAACUGUAGUUCUUACAAACAAUUUAUGCCCGUCGUGGGCAGUGGAGGAAGCUGAUAAAUUACAAAUUCCAUUGCUUUUCACGACAUGGAUCGUCCAGUGUUUAAUAGAGGGGAAAUUAUGUCCGUAUGAUGGAAAAAAUCGUUAUAAAUAUAAUUACAAAAAGAAUUAGCUAUAACGACCGAAAAAUUGAACAUAUAAUUUAUGAAAACAGAUGAAAUCCUGUUUUCAUAAAUUAUAAAAUCUUCUAUUUUCAUUAUAUCAUUUUAGAUAUAUCCAAUAGAGCGAGAAUAUUAUUUCCAUAUUUAUCAGACACUUCAAAGCACAUCUGUUUUCUUUCACACGUAUCCAUUACAAAGUACUUUAAAAUCGUUGUUUCAAUAGUUUUCCAAUGAUGUUACAAAAUCUAUUUUUGAUAAGUGUCUGAUAAAAAAAGAAAUUAUAUUACAGUAGCUAAAUAUGAUUCUAUUAAUAAAGUAUAUGUAAAAUUACUUUAUGGUUGAUAAUGUCGAAGAAUGUUUUAUAUAAUAUUGCGUAUUGUAUGGACAUCCGAUGUAAAGAUUUCUCUUUUUUGUGAUUUUUUUUAUUAUACAGAACGUAUAUGUUUACUAUGCACCACAUUACUUACAAAAAAAAAAAAAAAAAAAA